CUGUCAUUUGCCACCUUAUGUUUUGUUUUUGUUUGUUAUUAUUACUUUACUACUUUUGUUGUCGUUGAUGUGUGGAGGAUUUUCAAGGCAGCCAAGUUUUGAUGACACGGAUUGACAAUGUAUCAUUAGUCUGUGGAGUCUAUAAAGUGGGCUCUCAUACAUUGGACACUUUUGUCGCAGUUUCAUCCGAGCAGAGCGCACUUUGAACCCCACUCGGCUCAGCGAACUGGAUUAUUCCUGGAAUAAGUCCUACAUCCAUCCAGGAACCAUGCCCUGUCCAAACUUCAUGUGUGGUUCGACUAGUCAGCCCGAAAGGCAAUCAGUGGGAACGCAGUACUCAUUCAAUCCUGUGAAGACUGAGAACCACAUGUCUCACAUGCCAUCGGGGACUGAACUUCUUCAGCAACUGCAUCACGAUGCGGCCAAGCAGCUGCAGCUUGUACUUCUGCCACCACAUCAACAAGCUCAACUUUUGCAACAUCAAGCUAAUAGCAUGCAUAAUGCUCGAAUGGAUUCCAGGAUGGACAAUGCAAAAGUUGGGUGUAAAAUCGAGGCUGAUACAUCGUCAAGAGAGGCCACUUCUCCAAGCACCUCACAGACUCAGCCCACCACCCUACGCCCGAUUGUGACAAGUGUAGAUAUAGCCAAUGAACGAAUUUGUCAAGAGUGUGGCAAAGUCUUUUCCCGACCCAGUGAUUUGAAGCGACACGUUCGCUCGCACACAGGUGAAAAGCCAUUUACCUGCGAGGUGUGCGGUGGUGGAUUUGCAUCGCCUCGCAACUUGAAGGCCCACUACAGAACUCACACAGGGGAGAAGCCCUAUGAAUGCUUUGAAUGUAAAGCAGUGUAUGCAAGAGCGGACUCACUGCGUUAUCACAUCAUGUCACAUUCUGGGGAGAAACCAUUUAAAUGCAUGGAAUGUGGGAGAGCAUUUGCAAAGGGCAGCGAUCUCAAUCGGCAUUUAAAGUGCCAUUCCUCUGAAAAGCCUUUUGCAUGUGUACAGUGUGGUGAGAGGUUUGCACACAUGAGCUACCUCAAAGGUCACAUGAAUACCCAUACAGGUGAGAAGCAUUUUAAGUGUACCGAGUGUCAAUCUAGCUUUUCUCGUGCUGAUGUUUUAAAAAGGCACUUUCGAACUCAUACCGGUGAAAAACCUUAUACUUGUAGAGACUGUGGUAAAUCCUUCACAUGGAGCAGUGCUUUGAAGGUACACAUAAGAACACACGCACAGUAACUGUGUCAGUUAUGCUGCGGUUUUCCUAUUCUUUUAUAAUCUAUUCCUAGCAAUUUAGUUACUUUUCGUUUGGUAAUUUUUCAUCUAAAAGUUUCAUUUCUAUUUGCCAUACAUUUUAUAGUAUUGAAAUGGAAUUUAUGUAGAUGCUAUUUGAGCUCUGGUGUACAUUGUGCCAUGACAAUUAUUUAUCUAUUGAUUGUUCUUAAACAUUUUUUAAAAAGUCAAAAAUUACUUUUCUCAGGUGCAGAAUCAAGAAAGAAAGAAGGGGGACCUUCUGAGGUCAUGGUGCACGCUCUUGUCCCAGAGGUGGUAUGUAGGUCUGAUGAUUUGCAGCCAUAGGUUUACUUUGUAGUUCUUAUGUUUUGACUGAUAUUUUCAUCCUUUAUUUCAUGGCACGUUUCUGUAUGUUUAUUUUGCUAUACCAAACUUGCUUGUAAUCUUGCUGUUCUGAAGAUGUCAGGAUAGCAUUGAAACAAUGCACAUCCAUUGACUUGCACCAAGUUUGAAAUAUAAUUUGCCUUGUUUGUGCAAGAAAUUUUUUUGGAGACCUUCAUUCCAUACUUGAUCCUAAGUAUUGUUGAAUGUGGUUGAAUAAGCCAAUCAACUUGUGAAUUUAAGAAAAUUUUGUUAUGAUAUUUAUGUUAUGUUCGUUUAUUGGGUAUGUUGUUUUAUUUCAUUUGGUGGCUCAGAAAUUGUUUAGGCAUGAGGAGUUUUUAGUUUUAUUUACAUAUCAUAUAUGUACUUCAGACUCUACUAUGCUACAUAUUUCUCAUUUAUCAUGUCUAAAGAUCUUUCAUCCUAAAGAUUGCUUUGCCGUAACUGAAUGUGUUUAAGUUCUACGGCUAAAUUAAUAUUAAGCCUCUUCCAAGUGUUUUCUGUAAGUCUAGUUAAUGCAACUAGAAACUAAAUAUAAAUUUGAAGAUAAGUCCUCAUGGAAAUGUACUGUACCAUAAAAAAAAUAGCUCCUUGCUGAAUGAUGUAUUUUCAAGAGCAUAGUGUGAUAAUUGUACGGAUUUUACAGUUGAAUUGUCCUGUUCAAAAAGAAGGCAUUUGAGCCUUUAUUAUUUGUUAUACUGCUUUGGCCUGUUUCUGUUGUACUAUAUGGCACUUUAAAUAUUUGUUUUUCAUAUUUGUUGUGGUUAUGUAAUUCCUUAAUUUAAGACUGCAUCAUGUCAUCUGUAAAAUCUGUUAACAUGUGCCUUAUCUCAUUUAUUGCAUGUCAUAAUUAAAGUAUUAACAUUAUGUGCCUCACCAUAUUGUACAGAAUCUGUCUUGCACAAACCCCCUGUGAAGAGUUAGUCAUCAGUCUGAUUUUUGCCUGAAUAAAUCUGUUAUUUCCUUUUUA